CAGACGUGAAUGAAGAAAAGGGAGGAGGCAGGAGGCAGUUAGAAGUCCCAGAAGUGGCGCCCACUGCGCCCCAGCAACGCGGAGGCCCCGGGGAGACUGUUGCCGCCUCGCAGGCAGGAGGUGGCCCUGGGGGAAGCCAGGCAGUACCCUGCCAGCUGAGUCGGCCUCGGUUUCCCCUACUCUCUGGGGUGCUAGUUUGGCCGGAGCUGCUGGUGGAGCCACUGGAAGCCCACACCGCAGGCAGCAGGAGUCUCCCUCAGCACCGGGAUCUAUGUCUAAGUUCUAACUCUUGCUUACAAAGACCACGAUAAUUCCUUCCCCAAAGCCCAGCAGCCCCCCAGCCCCGCGCAGCCCCAGCCUGCCUCCCACCGCCCAGCUGCCCGCAAUGCCCUCCAGCGGCCCCGGGGACACCAGCAGCUCCGCUCCGGAGCGGGAGGAGGACCGCAAGGAGGGAGAGGAGCCGGAGGAGGCUCGUGGCAAGGAGGAGCGGCAGGAGCCCAGCACAACCGCACGGAAGGUGGGGCGGCCUGGGCGGAAGCGCAAGCACCCCCUGGUGGAAAGCAGUGACACGCCGAAGGACUCCGCAGUGACCUCCAAGUCCCCGUCCAUGGCCCAGGACUCAGGCCCCUCAGAGCUGUUACCCAAUGGGGACUUGGAGAAGCGGAGUGAUCCCCAGCCUGAGGAGGGGAGCCCCGCUGGAGGGCAGAAGGGCGGAGCCCCAGCAGAGGGAGAGGGUGCGGCUGAGACCCCGCCCGAAGCCUCCAGAGCUGUGGAGAAUGGCUGCUGCACCCCCAAGGAUGGCCGAGGAGCCCCCGCAGAAGAGAGCAAAGAACAGAAGGAGACCAACAUCGAAUCCAUGAAAAUGGAGGGCUCCCGGGGCCGGCUGCGGGGUGGCUUGGGCUGGGAGUCCAGCCUCCGCCAGCGGCCCAUGCCGCGGCUCACCUUCCAGGCGGGGGACCCCUACUACAUCAGCAAGCGCAAGCGGGACGAGUGGCUGGCACGCUGGAAAAGGGAGGCUGAGAAGAAAGCCAAGGUGAUUGCAGUAAUGAACGCUGUGGAAGAAAACCAGGGGUCUGGCGAGUCUCAGAAGGUGGAGGAGGCCAGCCCUCCCGCGGUGCAGCAGCCCACUGACCCUGCGUCCCCCACUGUGGCCACCACACCUGAGCCUGUGGGAGCCGACGCCGGGGAUAAGAACGCCACCAAAGCGGCCGAUGAUGAGCCAGAGUACGAGGACGGCCGGGGCUUUGGCAUUGGGGAGCUGGUGUGGGGGAAACUUCGGGGCUUCUCCUGGUGGCCAGGCCGCAUUGUGUCUUGGUGGAUGACGGGCCGGAGCCGAGCAGCUGAAGGCACCCGCUGGGUCAUGUGGUUCGGAGACGGCAAGUUCUCGGUGGUGUGUGUUGAGAAGCUGAUGCCCCUGAGCUCGUUCUGCAGUGCUUUCCACCAGGCAACCUACAACAAGCAGCCCAUGUACCGCAAAGCCAUCUACGAGGUCCUGCAGCUCUUGCCUCAGGCCACCUUUGCUGUCCUCCAGCCUGUCCUGACGCUCUCCCCAACAAGUGUUGCCCUCCAGGUGGCCAGUAGCCGUGCGGGGAAGCUGUUCCCAGCGUGCCACGACAGCGAUGAGAGCGACACUGCCAAGGCCGUGGAGGUGCAGAACAAACAGAUGAUCGAAUGGGCUCUCGGAGGGUUCCAGCCCUCCGGCCCCAAGGGCCUGGAGCCACCCGAAGAGGAGAAGAACCCCUACAAAGAAGUUUACACAGACAUGUGGGUCGAGCCUGAGGCAGCUGCCUAUGCACCACCCCCACCAGCCAAAAAGCCCCGAAAGAGCACAACUGAGAAGCCCAAGGUCAAGGAGAUCAUUGACGAACGCACAAGAGAGCGGCUGGUGUACGAGGUGCGGCAGAAGUGCCGGAACAUCGAGGACAUUUGCAUCUCUUGUGGGAGCCUCAACGUCACCCUGGAACACCCUCUCUUCGUUGGAGGAAUGUGCCAAAACUGUAAGAACUGCUUUCUGGAGUGCGCCUACCAGUACGAUGAUGACGGCUAUCAGUCCUACUGCACCAUAUGUUGUGGGGGACGCGAGGUGCUCAUGUGUGGGAACAACAACUGUUGCAGGUGCUUUUGUGUGGAGUGUGUGGAUCUGUUGGUGGGGCCGGGGGCCGCCCAGGCGGCCAUCAAGGAGGACCCCUGGAACUGCUACAUGUGCGGGCACAAGGGCACCUACGGGCUGCUGCGGCGGCGGGACGACUGGCCCUCGCGGCUGCAGAUGUUCUUUGCCAAUAACCACGACCAGGAGUUUGACCCUCCGAAGGUUUACCCACCUGUCCCAGCCGAGAAGAGGAAGCCCAUCCGGGUGCUGUCUCUAUUCGACGGAAUUGCUACAGGGCUUCUGGUGCUGAAGGACUUGGGCAUUCAGGUGGACCGCUACAUCGCUUCCGAGGUGUGUGAGGACUCCAUCACAGUGGGCAUGGUGCGGCACCAGGGGAAGAUCAUGUACGUCGGGGACGUCCGCAGCGUCACACAGAAGCAUAUCCAGGAAUGGGGCCCGUUCGAUCUGGUGAUUGGGGGCAGUCCUUGCAAUGAUCUCUCCAUCGUCAACCCUGCCCGUAAAGGACUCUACGAGGGCACUGGCCGGCUCUUCUUUGAGUUCUACCGCCUCCUGCAUGAUGCGCGGCCCAAGGAGGGAGAUGAUCGCCCCUUCUUCUGGCUCUUUGAGAAUGUGGUGGCCAUGGGCGUUAGUGACAAGAGGGACAUCUCGCGAUUUCUCGAGUCCAACCCUGUGAUGAUUGAUGCCAAAGAAGUGUCAGCUGCACACAGGGCCCGCUACUUCUGGGGGAACCUUCCUGGUAUGAACAGGCCGUUGGCAUCCACUGUGAAUGAUAAGCUGGAGCUGCAGGAGUGUCUGGAGCACGGCAGAAUAGCCAAGUUCAGCAAAGUGAGGACCAUUACUACUAGGUCGAACUCCAUAAAGCAGGGCAAAGACCAGCAUUUCCCCGUCUUCAUGAACGAGAAAGAGGACAUCUUAUGGUGCACUGAAAUGGAAAGGGUGUUUGGCUUCCCUGUCCACUAUACCGACGUCUCCAACAUGAGCCGCUUGGCGAGGCAGAGACUGCUGGGCCGGUCAUGGAGUGUGCCCGUCAUCCGCCACCUCUUCGCUCCGCUGAAGGAAUAUUUUGCUUGUGUGUAAGGGACAUGAGGGCAAACCGAGGUAGUGACACAAAGUCAAACAAACAAACAAAAAACACAAAACACAACAAAACACCAACAACAUGAGGAUGGAGAGAAGUAUCAGCACCCAGAAGAGAAAAAGGAAUUUAAAACAAAAACCACAGAGGCGGAAAUACCGGAGGGCUUUGCCUUUUGCAAAAAGGGUUGGACAUCAUCUCCUGAUUUUUCAAUGUUAAUCUUCAGUCCUAUUUAAAAACAAAACCAAGCUCCCCUCCCCCCCCCCCUUUUUUUUUUUGGUCAAACCUUUUGUUUUCUACUCUUUUCAGAGGGGUUUUCUGUUUGUUUGGGUUUUUGUUUCUUGCUGUGACUGAAACAAGAAGGUUUAUUGCAGCAAAAAUCAGUAACAAGACAUAGUAACGAUACCUUGCAGAGGAAGGAUGGGAGAGAAGGAAGAAAGGAAAUUCUAUAGAAAUCUAUAUAUUGGAUUUUUUUUUUUUUUUUUUUUUUUUUUUUUUUUUUUUUUUUUUUACUAUAUAUCUUUUUUUGUUGUUGUCUCUAGCCUGAUCAGAUAGGAGCACAAGCAGGGGACAGAAAACAGUGACACUCAGCGGCAGAAUUCCCUCCCAGCCACUGAGCUGUCUUGCCAGCACCAUUCCUGGUCAUGCAAAACAGAACCCAACUAGCAGCAGGGAGACAGAACACACAAGACCCUUUUAUACAGUAUUUCAGGUGCCUACCACACAGGAAACCUUGAAGAAAAUCAGUUUCUAGAAGCCGCUGUUACCUCUUGUUUACAGUUUAUAUAUAUAUGAUAGAUAUGAGAUAUAUAUAUAAAAGGUACUGUUAACUACUGUACAACCUGACUUCAUAAUGGUGCUUUAAAACAGCGAGAUGAGUAAAAACAUCAGCUUCCACAUUGCCUUAUGUGCAAAGGGUUUUAACCGAGGAUGGAGGAGGGAGGCAGCUUGAAGGUGAAUCGUUAACCAUGGCGGGCUUUCCCCUUGGUAUUUUCACAAGGUGAAGGAGGAGAAUUUGGGAACCGCGUUCUCCCGCUCCUCCCUGCCAAAAAGGGGGUGAGAGGAGGUGGUCGGACCGUGGAAAGCUAAGAGUGGGAUUCAUCCAGGCUCAUGCAAUAACCUUUUGAUUUUUUUUCAAAAAGGAGACUCCCUCGGCAAGAUGGCAGGAUAAGGGGUCUUCAUUCCCAAUUUCUCACAUUAGCCGAUUCGAGGGCUCCUUGUGGUGGGAUCAGAAAUAAUCCAGAGUGUGGGAAAGUGACAGUUAAAACCCCACCUGGAGCAAAUAAAAAAACAUACAAAACGUACUGGUGCUUUCCUGUCUAAGUCGCCUUUUGUGUGUUCUUUUAUGAGGCCCUCACCAUCCACCCUCUGUGCACAAGGCGGCUUCUGGCCCCUGGAAUGUGAUGUUUUUGGUCAUCUCCAAAGGCUGCAGUUUUAUACUGGGAGGCUGAUGACACCUUUUGUUAUAAUUAUUAUUAUGGUUCUGGUUAUAAUUAUGUUUGUUUUCAGAUUUUCUUUGAGAAAACAAAAACCCAACCCCCCUCCCUUUCGGUUUCAAACCAAGGUGCGGGGAGCAGGGUGCUUCUGAGUUAGUGGUGGCCCUGGUGCCCUGGCUCCCCACCCCUCGGGCCAGGUGGGCCACCGGGCGCAGCGACAGCCAGGCGGCCAGAGGAGUCCCCGAGGCCGGCCUUCCGGGCGCGUCCCUCUUCUCUUCUACUCCCCUCCUCUCGAGUCCCGGGUGUCAGGGCUGGAGGGAGGACCGGGCCAUCUCUCUCCUCGUGUGUAUGAUUGGAGUGGUGUGUAUUUCUUUUCUAGUACUUGGUCUGAUGAUAGCUGUGCUCUUCGUUGGAGCCAGCAGCACCUGGAGCCCCCGAGUGCACUGACACCUCCUACCGAGGCGGGCAGCCUGGCGUUGGCGGUAGGCAGGGACAGCAUUGGUGGCUCCAGGGUGAGGGCCCAAUGGGCAGAUGCUUGCCUGGAUAGAUGGGGUGUAGAUAUGUGGCAUAUAGAGAUAUAUAUUUUAUAAUGGGAGGGGGGAUGGCACCUCCUGGGACUGGCAGGGCUGGGAGGUGUGCUGUCAAGCACAUGGUCCCGAGUUCGCAUCCCUAGAAAGAUAGGGCCUACGGUGAUAGGCGCUAUAUAAAUACAUAGAUAGGGUCACGUAUAAGAAAUAUUAUGUAGUGGGGAGCGGGGCAGGGGGGCUCAGGAUGCUGAGCCUCGGGUCCCACUGCAGACAAGCCCCACGCCAAUCAAUCAAUCCCACACGCAUACACAGGAACAGAAUUCUACCGAUGCAGAAUGGACGCGUGCACGCGCUCAUGCGUGCACACACACACACACACACACACACACACACAGCCAGGGGGCUCCCAGCGCCCUUCUCCCCAGGAUUCAGGACUUCGUGGCGUCGGCCCUGCAGCUCUUUACCUCUGUUGCCCUGAUUGCAGGUAGACUGUCAAUCCCAGAAGUUGCUAGGUGCUGAAGGCAGGAAAAGGAGGAGGUUUUAUUUUCGCAGGUGCUCUCCUCUAGCAGGUAGCGUUCUAUCUCUUUUGCCCCUGGUGAUGUCAAAAGAUUCUUCUGUUAGCAACCUGUGAUACUGACCUGCAACUCUAGGCACCAGUAAAGUCAGCCCUCGACUCCCCCUACCUAUUCUCCCCCAACCAAAAUAAAAUUGACAUCCAGGUCUGUCUCGGCCAAGGGGGCUUCCAUUGGAAAAAAAAAAAAAUGGGACAGUGAAAUUCAUCAUUUGAAUAAAGCAAAUUAAUAAUUGGUGACAAAACUAAACCAAGGCUUUGAAUCCCUUGCUCGUUGCUCAGGAGUCCGCGCACAGCUGGUGGCCGUGGUCUCCUGUUCCUUUUAGAGGUGCUUGGUCCUGGGCCUCAAGCUACUAUUUUUCCUUGUCAGAUUGGUUUUUAAAAUCACAGCCAGUUGCUUCCUGCCGGCUCUGUGACACGGUGGCAGGUGGCGAUGGUGGGCCCCCCUGGGGCUGGAGCAGCUAGGAGGGGGGAUCCGUCCGCCCCUCCCUCGUUGGAAUCCCUGUACUAAAUCGUGGUGCUUGCCCGUCCCUUCCUCCAGCCGGGCUCCAUCCUCCUGGCCUGGAGUUCACCAGCACCACUCCAGGAGGGCUGUGGGGAGGAGGGCUGCCUCAGGCAGUCCAAGGUGCUCCCUCCCCCACUGGCCAACACUAAGGUCUUUGCAGUCCCCAGCGUCAGGACCGUCUCUUCCGGGCCUUUCUUCUGCAAACAGACUUACCGGCUCUCUCGGCCCUCCUAGGCUUUUCGUCCACUGCUUACGCGAAGGGGUUUGCCUUUCCCGAUGGCCCAAGCUCCACCCAGGGGGUCGGUGUGGGGAUAGAAACUUGGCAGCCAUGGAUGUGGCAAAGCCUGAGGGCUUAGUGUGGGCCAGCCAGCUUGCUCGGAGGAGGCCUGGCUUUUGUGGGUGAUAACCUAAGAGCACUUGUUCCUCCUGGUCUAGCAACCUGACUAGGCCCCGGAACGGGCCAGAUGACAGUUCACAAUCACCAGCUUUUCUUCCAGCCCAAGCCGUGGGCUUGGUCCCACAGUAGAAUUUGAGAGGGUGUAGGGGACCUUGGGGAUGUGCCAACUUGGCCAUGCCAGAUGCUCUCAGUCUACUUCCAGCCCCAGCAGGGGCGCUUCUGGGGACACGUAUCUGGUCGCUUUCUAAAGGAGGGCUGUGCUUUGGCUGAGGCGGGGUCGUGCGAGGAUUAAGGUGGGGAUCGUUACGCUUGCUGUGGGCGAAGCCGAGGGUAGAGGCACGGAGCGGAGAAACCAGGAGGGCCUAGGGAAAAUUCUGGAAUAUGUCCCCAGUGGGAUCUUCUUUGUAACGAAAUGUACCCCUGGAAACCAGGGCUUCUAGGGACUGAGGAGGAUGCCUCCCCGUUUGUUGCAGGUGCCAAGUAGAAGGUGGUGCCAAAGAGAUUGGUGGCUUUUGUCCGGGGGAGGUAGUCGGGGGCCUGUGCCAGGGUCACAGAGCCCUUGGUCGCCUGUCUCAGGAGGAGGUGAGUCUCCCAGCAGGCGGCUGCUGAGCCCUGUGGGCCUCAAGCUGGCUGGUGCUAAGCCCCUUCCCUGUGGGCUGACUAGAGAACAGUAGGCUGAGGAAGCAGCAGGUGAGGACCAGGGGGGAGAGGGGUCUCGCGGUCAGUACAUGACGACAUGAGUGCAUUACUAUCUGUUUUUCUCUCUAGACCCCAGAACUUUCCUGCUACUGAACAUUCUUCUAGAAAGCAAACUUCCCCAAAGAGCAUCCAGGACCUCUUAGCUUUUGAGACAGGCCUGGGAGUGGUUGGCUGGUGGAGAUGCCCCUGGGAGUCUUGGUGAGUCGCUAGGGUGCGGAUUGGGACAGCAGGGAAGGCUGCUGGACCUUGAACUGGGCUAAUGAGGCCCGGCUCCCCCUCCGUCCCUCUUUGCUGGCAGCUCUGGGAGAGCCUACAUGGGAAUACCCGCCACGUCCGGCUCAGGAAGGUCUGUAGCAGGAGCAAGGGAAGGAAGGUGUCGGUGGAGCCGUCUGGGAAAUGUUCUCCAGGAAAACCGCAGUCAGUAGUCUUCCCGUGUUUGGUGAUCUAAGCGUAGGUAAAGCAGAUCUUGGAGGAGGUUUCGAAUUCCUGACGCUGUUCUGCUUGGCCAGAGUUGCUGUGGCACCGGGGUCUUUCAGAGGAGUCAUUUUUAGGAAACUUGCAGGAUCCCCCUCUGUGGGGUUAGGGCUGUGGGACCUGCCUGGCACUGUGAUCUGAGAGAGCUGGCAGUUUCCUUUGGUCAGAGAAACAGCAGACCCAGGAUUCUGGCGAGAACAGCAUUUCUAGCCAGGCCCCAUGUUGAUCCCAGGAGGUGAGGAAUCUGAAUUUGUCUCUCCGCUCGCUCCCAGUGCUUGCGAUUAGAGGUGACACUGGAGUUGUCCUUGGCAGGAAAGGCUUUCCUCCAGCACAGGCUUGGGGGUGGGGGCGAGGGGAGGGGGGCGGGGUUGCCGAGGACUGGCCUGGAGCUAGCAUGGCCCUGCCGGCCUUUCCAUGCUGAGGCAGGGGUUAACUCCAAAUGUGUGCAGGACCUGGGAGGAAAGAGGAGAGAUUAAUGGAAAAGAUAGACUGCACGGUUCUCACAGAAGCUCUCGAAUCUUUACGUUUUGGUAAAGGAAGCCUGGGGGUCUUUGGGAGGCAAGGGCAGCCCCUCUUGUCCCUGGGUGUCCUCAGAGACCUGGCUGAGAUGGGCCUUUGCUUGGUGACCUCUGGCUCACCACCGACCCUGGGCAGUCGAGUUUUGGGGGUGGGAGAAACCAGGAGUGAGGACAAGGACGGAAGGGCCCUUUGCUCGUCGUGACUCUGCCCGAACGGAGGCCCACGGACUCCUGGAACUCUGGUAACUGGAAAACUCCCCCGUUCUGCUCUGCCCGAGGGCCGUGGGAGAGCGGCUUUCCCCGACCCCAGUCUGGCCGGCCUCCAGCCCGGCGCCUGAGGAGCUGAGCAGGGAUCGAAAGCCUCGCCCCGUAGUCCCAUUUCACUUCCCAGACCGAUUCGGCUGCACAGCUCUAGAAUUCACCAACCAACCAAAAUGCCGAAAUUUCUUAGAAUACGCAGAGGGAGGAGGUGACUCAACAAGGUGCUAAAACAUUUUAUUAAAAAUAUAUAUUGUUAAAUUAA